AUGAGUCAAUUUUCACCUGCUCAGACAUUGCACGGACAUUAUUCUUCUGCCCAGAUAUUGUCACUAGUACGGACAUUAUUCUUUUGCCCUGAUAUUUGCACCUGCCUGGAUACUCACGGACAUUAUUCUUCUGUCCGUAUAUUUGUACCUGCACGGAUAUUAUCACUAGCACGGACAUUAUUUUUUUGCCCGGAUAUUUGCACCUGCCUGGAUAUUGCCACCUGCACGGACAUUAUUCUUCUAUUCAGAUAUUGUCACUCGCCCGGACAUUAUUCUUCUGCCCGGAUAUUUGCACCUGCACGGACAUUAUUCUUCUGCCUGGAUAUCUGCACCUGUCCGGAUAUUGUCACUAGCACUGACAGUAUUAUUUUGCCCGGAUAUUUGCACCUGACCGGAUAUUGUCACCUGCACGGACAUUAUUCUUCUGUCCGUAUAUUUGUACCUGCCCAUAUAUUGUUACUAGCCCGGACAUUAUUCUUCUGCCUGGAUAUUUGCACCUGUCCGGAUAUUGUCACUAGCACGGACAUGAUUUUUUUGCCCGGAUAUUUGCACCUUCCCGGAUAUUUGCACCUUUCCGGAUAUUGUCACCUGCACGGACGUUUUCUUGUAACCGGAUAUUUGAACCUACCAAGAAAAUGUCACCUGCAUGGACAUUUUUACCUGUCCGGAAAUUUUCACCCUGUUGUAAUCGCCGUAGGGGUUAACUUGGGCCAGGGGACGAGGGUGUUACUUUGCAUUCAAUCAGACGUGAGGAUAAUGUUUUGUGGGACCGUUUUUUUUAAAUACCAAAUCCCUUCCGGACGUAUGUUAUCCUGA